UCUCCCCUGGGGGGUUGGCUGGGACCGCCCCCCCAGAUCUCUCCCGGGGGGGCUGGGCUGGGACCCCCCCCAGAUCUCUCCCCUGGGGGGUUGGCUGGGACCCCCCCCAGAUCUCUCCCGGGGGGGCUGGGCUGGCCGUAUCGGGGGUCAGACCCAACACGCCCUAUGCCCAGUGGCUGACCCCUAACCCCAGCUGUCCCCCCCCAGGCUGGGGGAACGAGGGGGGCGCACUCGGGCUCUGCAAAUGCCAGAGGCUGAUGAGGGCCCCCGGGGGCCGGCUCCAGGACCUCGCCGACAAAGUGAAGGGGUACCAGGCCUGCGGGGGGCACCUCGUCCGAAGCCGGAAGGAUUGAUGCCCGCCAAGGGGGCGGGGUGCUGGCUCCGAACCCCCCCAACGCGCCCCUGCCCCCCAACGCCUACCCCCCCAUGCCCAGCACAGCCCGACCCCUAGAACCCCAUGGAUCCACAGAUGGACCCCCCCCCAAGCCGCCUGCAGCCCCAGAGCCCCACGGCCAGCCCCAUGGAGCCCCACGGACCCUCAGACGGACCCCCGGUGCCACACGGACCCACGGCCAGACCCCCAGAUCCCCACGGACCCUCAGACAGACCGUCGGCACCGCACGGACCCAUGGCCAGCCCCACGGAUGAAGCCCUGACCACCGACCCCGUUUGGGGGCCCGGCCUGGCGCCCCGGAAGGGGGAGGGAGCAGGCAAUGGCCCCCUCCCCACGCAGCCCCGUCACUACCUCACGGCCGUGCCGGUGCUGGUGGGCAUCAUCCUGGUGCUGGUGGGGGUCCUGACCUACAUGCUCUGCCGGAGGCACCAGCGGGCCCCCCCGGGACCCGGCUCCCCCCACAGAGACUCAGGCACUGGGACGCUGUACUAUCCCUGCGAGCUGGGCUGACGGACGGCUACCCCCACGAACGGACCCCAGCACCGAAUCCCCACUGAUCUCCUUGGGGGCGGGGGGGUGAU